AGAGUUUUGUGUGGUGCAUGUGUUUACCACUAAGUGGCACUAAUGGGCAAGGUGUGGAACCACCUCCUCAGGGACUGACAGAAGAAAACAAAGAAAAGCAUGAACAAGAUUGAGAGUCUCACAAAAGCCACGGGGCUGUCCGGAGAGACAGAGGAAAGAAGCUGCUAAUCAACCACAAAUGCAUGUCCGUCUGCUUUGUUUGUGUGUGCACGUUCAUGGGGCUAAGCUGAAUGAGUGUGAAGAGAGAGGGAGCCCGAGACUCAGUCCCACCAGCCUCCCUCCGCCUCUGCCAGCACACAUCUGCUGCUGAGGAGAUGGGACUGUAAUCCAGAGAGAGGAACUUUAUGCCUUGGAGAUCAGGCUUCACGGCAUGGCGUGCCACAUCAGAGCCCUUUGGUAGAGGAGGCGAGACGAACCUUUCAGCUGGAGAAUACUCAUAUUUACCAUCGCACAGCCCGAGAUUUGCCUUCAAUUUGGGGCCAUGUCCCAGCUCUGGUGCAGGCAGGCCCUGCUCCGUGUGGAAGUAGGCAUCCUGGUGGCGUUCCUGGUGGCCGUUGGCGCCGCACAGAUCUAUGAGAGGAGGGAAGCGGGGUCAUCCUGCUAUGGAGGCUUUGACCUGUACUUUGUUCUGGACAAGUCUGGCAGCGUAAUUCAUUACUGGAAUGAGAUAUAUUACUUUGUGGACCAUUUGGCUCAUAAGUUUCUCAGUCCUCAGCUGCGGAUGUCUUUUAUCGUAUUUUCAACAGAAGGAAGGACUCUAAUGGCUCUAACAGAGGACAGAGAUCAGAUCCGAGCAGGGCUGGAGGAGCUGAGCAUGGUGCAGCCGGGUGGAGACACCUUCAUGCACAGAGGCUUUCAAAGAGCCAGUGAGCAAAUAUAUUACGCUACUGGAGACGGUUACAGGACAGCCAGUGUCAUCAUCGCCCUGACCGACGGGGAACUGAGAGAGAAUCAGUUUGACCUGGCUCAAAGAGAGGCUGGCCGAGCUCGUCAGUUGGGGGCCACUGUGUACUGUGUUGGAGUCAAAGACUUCAACGAAACACAGCUCUCCACUAUAGCUGACAGUAAGGAUCACGUCUUCCCUGUGAACGAUGGAUUUCAAGCUCUGCAGGGGGUCAUUGGUUCGAUCUUGAAGAGGUCAUGCAUUGAGAUCUUGGCUGUGGAGCCCUCUAGUAUCUGUGAAGGAGAAAACUUCCAGGUGGUUGUCAGGGGAAAUGGCUUCUUUCACGCUCGAGAUGUUCAGAAAGUUCUCUGCAGCUUCCGCAUCAAUGACACUGUUACUUUAAUGAAAAGACCUUUGGUGGUGAGAGAUACAUACCUUCUGUGCCCAGCGCCUGUUCUGGAAAAAUUUGGAACGUCAGCCACUCUCCAUGUCAGCAUGAACAAUGGUCUCAGCUUCAUAUCGAGCUCAGUCACAAUUACUGCAGUCACUUGCUCGGACGGGACCUUUGUGGCCAUUGCGCUGCUCAUCCUGCUGCUCCUGCUGACCAUUGCUCUGCUGUGGUGGUUCUGGCCUCUCUGCUGCACUGUGGUCAUUCAUGAUCCACCACCUCCAGUUAUGGAGGACGUCUCUGAUGAUGAGGAUGGUUUUCCAAAGAAGAGGUGGCCCACUGUAGAUGCAUCAUACUAUGGAGGUCGUGGGGUUGGGGGCAUCAAGAGAAUGGAGGUUCGCUGGGGAGAUAAAGGUUCAACUGAAGAAGGAGCCAAACUGGAAAAAGCGAAAAAUGCCCGUGUUGUGAUGCCCGCCGAGGAGUACGACCCCUCUCCACCACGGCCGUACUAUAACAUGCACAAGUCCACCCGUCCCCAGAAGUGGUACUCUCCAAUCAAGGGAAAACUGGACGCUCUGUGUGUGUUCCUGAGAAAAGGCUACGACAGAGUUUCUGUAAUGAGACCAUAUCCUGGAGACAAGGGCAGGUGCAUAAACUUCACCCGCAGCCAGCCCUACCCUUCUCCUCGCUACCCCAUCUACAACCACCCCUCCACACCUGUCUACACGUUGCCCCACGCGUACCAGCGUUCUCCAUCAGAGGGCAGCCAGCUCCUCCAUUUCCCCCCGUCCCCGACGUCCACCCUGCCCCCUCUGCCGUCCACUCCUCCCCCGUCCUGCAGCAGCUCUCCCACCUACACGCCGCCUCCCAACAGAGCCCUGCCCCACGCCGGCCCAAACCCAGUCUCUGCGCCCCCCUCCCCGACCGUCUCUCUGCCACCCCCCCCUCAGGGCCCUCCUCCGUGCAGGGCGCCUCCUCCCUCACGCCCUCCUCCACGCCCAAACCAGGAGAUCCAAGAAGAUUAAGAGCAAAGGUUUUGUGUGGUCCAACGACGAAAUGGAAAGACGUUGUCUUAAGUUAUGUGCAAACAGAAACAGAAUUACAGAGACUCACGCUCAUGACUUGUGCCCAUGAUGUGCCAUGAACUGCCACUUUUUGUUCUGAUUAUACAUGGAAAAUGCGCACAGCUUGGCUAUUGCUUGCUUUUAGAGUCAAACAUCUUAAUGAGGUAGCGCAAGCGUUUCUUAAAGUUUUACUUUUCUUCGCAAAUUGCUACAUCGAAAGGGUUAAAAAGACCAUUUCAAAGAAUGGAUCAAUAUAUAAGUAAACUCUUUGAUGUAAGUCCUUAAAAGUCCCUAGAAGGGAAUCUUUAAAGCUGUCAGAGAGUACUUCAGCAAAAUGUUAAUCAGGUUGUUAAGUUCUCUUAGUGGAAAGAUUCUGGAAAUUCACCUUGUGAAUGAUGUGGCACAAGAUUUGACUCUUGUGAUCUGAUUGCGUCACAGCAAAAUUAUGUGCAAUAAAUCAGUAAGAAAUGUCUCUCUUUUUCUUGCUAAAGUCGUGCCUCAUCUGCACCCCGGCUUCUUCAAACUGCCUAAAAAGCUCCAACUCUCUCAACCCUGGAUUGUAUAAAACGUGUUUGGAAAAUGGGUGGAUUGAUAGAUAUCUACAAUUCCAACAACUCAAGGGUCAUCAGUCCGUCACCAAAAUGUCAAUAAACUACAGCAGGAAGUGCACUGUGUUAUAAAAACACAGACACAGUCCAACAUCUGGUGAAGUCAGAUAGUGCUUAAAGGCGGCCUUCAGUACUCCAAGAGGCAUUUUAAGAAUUAUUCUAGGUUACAGAACAGAGGAAGACUUAACUGCCUGUGAGAUGGUGUAAAACAUU